GAGGGGAGAUUGAGAUUGUUAGCACAAAUACAGAGGAAGAUAGGAAUGGACUUUUCAUGAAACUUUAAGGAAUGUAUUUCUCAUCACACUGCUAGAUGCAGAUGAAGAGAAAGCUACGUGUAUGAGAUGAGCAUAGAUGACGAGCAUUGUGUGUUUAUGUAGCGAAACCUCUUAUUCGUGUGAAGGAGUUGCAGAUGCUUUAGCUCAGCAGUGAGCAGCCAGUUAUCAGCAAGCUAAUGCCAGUCUUGCCGUCACAUUCCACCCAGUUCUUUCUUUUUUAAACGGGAAGGGAAUUUAAUUAUCUUUAAAGUGAUGACGAGGGCUUUGGUGUUCACUGACAUUUCCCGGUCACAUGGCAAGACUCUGCAGUUAGCAUCUAUUGGUCAGCAGAAAGGACCAUCCCAUGCCCUCGCCUGACCGGGUGUGUAAGGAUGAAGAAGAUCAGUCUCAAGACGAUCAGAAAGUCACUUAACAUAAAGGGCAAAGAAGAUGGGGAUUUUGUCAUGCUCCAGCAGCCAUCUUUAGCUGCCGAGUUUACCAAGGAGGACUCUCUCUUUGGAGGUUGUUACACCAAAGGGCUGGUCGGUUGUGAUCUUAAUGGGGAGGAUGAGAAGGGUCAUAAGAACAGAUCGAAGAGUGAGAGUCUUAUGGGCACUCUAAAAAGGAGGCUGUCUACAAAACAGAAAGCUAAAGUCAAAGGAGGCUCUGCCGCAGUGGGCUCUGGGGACGACGAUGACUGCUUCUCUUCCUCGUCAGUCCCAAUAAGCUUUAGUGAAAUCAAAGCCCAGCGCCCCUUAAGAUCCUCUUCUCUCCGAAGCCAUCAUUACAGCCCUUCUCCAUGGCCUUUCCGGCCUGUGAGUUCUGAGGAAGCUUGUAUCAAGAUGGAGGUGAAGGUAAAAGCCAUGGUCCACUCCCCCAACCCUAGUCCCUCCCUCAAUGGCAUCAGAAAGGAGUUCCAUGACAUCCAAUUAGAAGGUCUGUUCCAAGAUCAGACUGAAUCUCUGAAGGACAUGGAGACUCAAAGUGGUAACUUGCAUUUGAACAUUGAGGAUCAUGUGCCUAUUGGACUCACACCUCAGGACUACAUCCAGUACACAAUGCCUUUAGAUGAGGGAAUGUACCCAGUUUCAUCCCAGGCUUUUUGCUUAGAUGGCCCCUCGCCCAUGGAAGUGGUAAAUCAGGUCGAAUCUAACUCGCUGCACAUGGACCAAGAUGAUCUCAUGCCAUCAGACAUUCUUAUGGACCAGUCAGUGAAUGGAAACCUACCUGGUACUCCAUCAAUGGUCCUUUCCAGUUCCAGAGCCAAUACACCUUUAUUUUCUCCCUCACUGUCACCUCUUUCCACCAUUGAAAUUCCAAGGACCCUCUCCGGGUUCAGUGGUGCAGACUCUCACGUUGUGGAGAGAGUGAGGCAUCAUCUGAACUUUGACCCCAGUUCCGCUCCCGGUGUAAGCAGGGUGUAUGAUUCUUUCCAAAGCAGUGGACCCACGGUUGUAACAAGCCUUACGGAGGAACUAAAAAAACUGGCCAAGCAGGGUUGGUACUGGGGACCUAUAACUCGAUGGGAGGCUGAGGAGAAGCUCACCAACCUUCCAGACGGUUCCUUUUUGGUGAGAGACAGCUCAGAUGAACGCCAUCUUCUCAGCUUGAGCUUUCGGUCACAGAGAAAGACGCUCCAUACCAGGAUUGAACACUCAAACGAUGUACGGCUGCCAACGCAAUUGACACUGUUCUCACACUCUCACACCACACGUCCCUUUUCUCACGCAGUGAUAACGUCACGGAGCAAAGAGGACACUGACAGCGCACGGACAGACAAGACAGAGCAGCCUGCAUGAUGCUGCAAGUUAUUCAGACCAAUCAAGGGGAAAACAACAGCAAAGCGCAUUAACAUUUUCAAUACAUCUUGUUAGCUUUAAACGGCCAUUUUUAAGGUAACUGAUGAGUUUUUAUUUGAGAUAUUUCACUCAAAAAUGAAAAUUUUCAUCACUUACCUUCAUGCUGUUGCAAACCUGUAUGAUUUUCUUAUUUCAGUGGAUAUCAAAAGGAGAUAUUAGGGAGUUUCAGUCACCAUUCACUUUCAUUGAAUGAAAAACAAGAUGCACAAUAAAAUAUAUAUAUAUUAAAAAAAAAACAUCCAGAGACAUUCAAAUCGCUUCAGUGGUUUUGUAUUUACCAGCUAAUUCAUUUUUAUUUUAUUGCGAAAGUGGUCUUAAAUCUUUCUUUUAUUUGGCCUUAAAAAGUCUUAAAGUUAAUUCCUUCGAACCUGCAGAUACCCUGUGUAAGUCCAACAUAAAGUGGCAUUCCAUUGCAGUUUUCCCAGUAUGAAGUUUAAAAUUCCAAGUUAAAUGGGAGGAAGCAUGAAUUAUCACAGCAACGAACUCCAACAGAGAGCAGCGUGACUUUCUGUCCGGGGCAGAGACAGCGCUCUAGACUCUCGAGAUGCACAUGCACACUCGUAUAAGGGAAAUCUUCUUUAUCUAGAUCAAGCACAGCUGAAUGUAACAGAACAAAACACUUAACACUGUGCUUUAAAAACGCGAUUAUUAUGGUGUCACGGAAACCACGGUUUGCAGAUACACGGUUCAGAAACAGUGGAGCACACUUACUAAGCUUAUUACAGUAACCUGAAGGAAGAACAGAGACGCAUGUUCUAAGCAUUGUUUCAUUGACUUGACCAGCGAGUCUUCCCAAUGACAAAAUAUUAUGCGUUAUAUUUUGAUUAUGCCUUCUUUUGUAUGUAUUGUAACAGACUACAUUAUAACAGCCUAUGUUAAUGAAUAGACGUUGGAACAACAAGACAAUGCAGCAGCCAAAGAUGUAUGACAUGUAUGUACAUACUGUAUUUGUACAUGUCUAUAUGCCCCCCCCCCGAGUACUUGAGUAGACAAAAUGACCAAAAUGCUAACCCCUAUUUCAAAUGAUGCAUUAGAAUAAACGUGUUUUUAGAGAAAAACGUAGCAGGGUGUGAGUUAUAGAGCGAGGAAAUAAGAAAAGUGUUUAUAAAGUAAUAAACAGCCGUUGUACCCUUGAUUUGUGUGAAAGUGAAUAAAAUGCACAGUUGUUGUAGUGCCUCUAGUGUAUAUUUCACCAGGAAACUGCAAAAAAAACGUAGAAAGCGGCACGUAAAACUCAGUUUGCAAAACUAUAGUUAUAGUAACAUUCACUGAGAUUAUGUUGUAAGAAACAUAGUCAGGAUUGGGAUGCCAUGCCUAAUGAAGUUAUAGGCAUACAGAUUAAGUGAACAUGUAUUGUAGAUUUUGAUUUGAAAGCUUGGAUUGGAAAACAGUCAUGUUGCUGUAAAGCUUCAGCGUUUGGUUGUUCUUUGCUAAGAAAAUAUGAUGUCAGCCACAUUUUUGGCAGGUUUUAAUAGUUUUCUCUCUAAUAAUCGGUACGUUUCAAUUAAACUUGCUAAUAUGCUGGAUGCCGAUUUUUGGUGGAAUAUGUUUAUAGCUCUGCAUCAAAGAUCAACAAACUUUACUGAAAGAGUUAGUUUUUAUUGAGGAUUAAUCUUCUACAAUUGUUAAAAGUUACAUUUUUCUCUUAACAUUUACUUUAAACAUUUGUUCAAUGCCAUGCAUUACACUUUUGUAGAUCUGUGCAAAUUGACAACAAAUUGAGUCAGUCAGGUAUGAGAGCACCACAAAGAAAAACUGUGAAUCACAUAAAAAAAUAAUAAUAAAAAAAUAUAGAAAAAUAUUUGUUUUUUUUAAAUGCCAAUAAUCUCAGAUUUUUUCCAAAAAGGGAGCAGGUAAAGAACAAGAGUUUUUGUUUUAUUUUAAUUUAUGUUGUGUUGUGUGGUUCAUGCAGUAUUUUGUUCUGUUAAAAUUACUGUACCAUUUGAUCAUACUAAAUUUUUGGCUCACGUACAUAAGCAAAGAUAAUAUGGUUCAUGAACGUUUUGUUUUUAAACACCAUGUAAACGGGAUAGUUCACCCAAAAAUGUAAAAAAUUGUCUUCUUCGUUUGAUUUACUCACCGUCAUGUUGUUCCAACCUCAUAUGACUGACUUCCGUGGAACACAAAAAGAGAUGUUAGGCAGUAUGUUAGCCUCAGUCACCAUUUGCUUUCAUUACAUAUUUGUCCAUACAAUGAACAUGAAUGGUGAUCGAAGCUAACAUUCUGCCUAACAAUGUUUUUUGUUCCACGAAAAUAAAUGUCACACAAGUUUGGAACAAAAUGAGGGUGAGAACAUUUUGACAAUGUUCUUUUUCGAGUGAACUAACUUCAAGUAUUUGUUCUUUGAGAUUCUAGUGCUGGAACGAUUGCCAUCAGUUGUUGUUGUAGUUGCUGUGGUUGAGUGAAGGAAAUUAAGCAGGAAUUGUUCGUGACAAUCUACCAAACCUAAAAGCACAGUUUUAUAGACAUUACACCUUAAAUGGCUUAUUUAUACUUGAACCAUAGACAAACUUUCAAUUAAUUAAUCUGCAAAUAUCCCAAAGUAGUUAUGCAUUCAUAAGUCAAAUACUCUGAGUGAAUAUGGGAGAUUUUUUUCUUCCAUGCAGAAUGAGAGCAGGUUUUCUUUACCCGCUGCCCUCUAUAAUAGCAACAUGUCAGCCUGUCAGUAUUUGAUAAACUAUGCUUCAAGCCUAAAUGUUGCAUUCAGACAUUUGAGAAUUCAUACACUGUUGUGCAUUUUUUGUUUUUUCUCCACACCGCUAGUCUCCUUUUCACUUACCUGUCGUCAUCAUCACCUCUCCUAUCACCUGAAUGGGAAUUGCUUAUUGCUUUUUUUUCUUUUAAUCAGGGCUUUAAUUGGGCUUUCUUAUAGGGAAAAAGUCAUAUCAAACAAGGUGUAGUUAUCAACUCUGAAUGUGACUGAAAUGACUAAAUGAUGCUGGGAUAGAUUAGGACUACAUGUGUUGCCCUCAUAAGAGUCGGCACUGUUUUACUUUAGACUAUAUUGGGAUAAUCAGCAAAUAGGGGAGCUUACACAUUUAUUUUUAUCUGGCAUAUUAAAUGUGUGUGAAUCAGAGCCAGAAUUUCUUGGUCACGGUUUUCACACCACACAUGGUCUAAGGCAUUUUAAAGACCUUUAUUAAAAAAAAUAAAAGGUGCCAACUAGCGUUCACGGAAAACAUUGAACAAUACAGUGUGAAGUACUCGUGAAACACCUUGGGGAGAGUUUGAAGGUUAGCUGUAAAAUAAACAGUGUGCCAUCUUUAAUAUUCAUCCGUGAAAACAUACCCAUGGAAUUUAUUUCUUGAAUGAAUGUUUUAUUAGUGUGAUGAGUUUGAUUUAAAUAUGCUUAUGAGGGAACAGUUGAGGUGGAAGAUUCCCCUUAAAGGGAUAAUUCACCCCUAAAUGAAAAUAUUGUCCUAAUUUUCUGACCCUCAUUUUGUUCCAAAACUUAUAAGACUUUCUGACCUCUGGGGGAAAGAAAAGGAGAUGUUAGCCUCAGUCAUAUUUUUUCUAUACAAUGAAAGCGAAUGGUAAUUGAGGCUAACAUUCUGCCUAACAUCUCCUUUUGUGUUCCAAGGAAGAAAGAUAUUGGUUUGGAACAACAUGAUGAUGAGUAAAUAAUUUUUUUUUUUUGGCGAACUGUCCCUUUAACACACCAUAGAUGUUUAGGUUGAGGUGAAGAAUGUGCUCUGUAUUGUUGAAUGUGAGGUGUAUUGUUGGCUGUGUUUGCUGUAUUUGAACUGGUGAAGUUGCCAUUUUUUUACCCCAUUAAAUGGUUUUGUUAAGAGUCAGGAGAAUUUUCUUCUCAAAUCAAUUGCUGAUGUCUGAAUUACUUAUAAAUCGUGUGUGUAAGUGAGUGAACAAGCAAGCAACAAAAAGAAGAAUGUCUUAGGCAAGGCACAAGCUUUUCAAUUAGUUGAAAAUGCAUUUACCAGAAUGUGGAAGUUGACUAUUGCAAAAAAUAAAUGUGAACUUAAGUGUUUGAUCACAAUGUACAAUGUUUUUAUUUUAUUUUUGCCAGAUGUGUGGAUUAUAAUUAGAUAAACACUGAAAUUGUUCAGUUUUGUCUGUGGUGUGUGAGCAUGCAUUUUUUUAAACAUUGCCGGGACUCCAUCAUGUUUAAUAUUUUUUUUCAUAACCUUGUAUGUAUGUUGUUAGUUGUUGCUUGUUCGGACUGCUGAAGUAUUUUGACUUUUGUGAUGACAGUCAAGCACUUAACAAGUUUCACUGAAAUAUAUAUUUUUCUGAUCCAUAUUAUGUUGUCCUCGUACUGCGAAUGAAGGUGAAUGUUUACAUGAUACAAAUGACAUUUUCUUUGUUUAUAUGAUCUCUCUCUAAACAUCUUGGUACAAUUUUUCGAAUGUUUUUCUUUAAAGGGUCAUGCACAUUUAUGCUGCUUUACGAUUAUGAUUGCCUUUUUAAUUACAAAAUGGGGGAGAUGGAAUGUCACCUAGGUAUAGGCCUAUGUGUACACAAUGACUUUGGUAUACUCUUGAGAAAGUCAGAUGCAAAAAUUAUUGUCAAUGUUUCUAGUUAGUCAUAAUGCUCUGAAUUCAGUCCUUUAUCAGAAAGAGUCUGCUCACUCCAGUUUACAUGGUCUGUUUUCCAAAGUCAGUUAUUGUUUGUUGUCAUUUGAAUUAAUGAAAGAACCAAUAGUAUUUUCUUGCACAUUUGGAUAGGUUUUUUCUUUUUUUGUAUCUGCUGGUGUAUAUUAUGAAUAAAAUAGCUAUUCAAAAUGUUUUGUAUUUCCUUUCAUUUUCUCUGUCAUUUUUUUGGUCAAUUGUAAAUGAUUAAAUGGUUUCAAUUCAAGCUAUGAAUUGUAUAAAUGAAGACCUAGGGAGAAAAUAAAUUGUUGACAUUCUUGGA